AUGGUCCCUGCCAUUUUGGAGAGUGCUGAUGGCUGUCAGGCUUCAGAGAAGCCACUGAGACUUUGGGGUGUGCCCGUGAAAUGGGCCUCCUUAGUGUUGCUUACCUUCGUGACCACCUGGACGAUUUUUUCGAUCAAGCUGGCACGGUCGAGCAGCCAAGAAUAUCGGAACAGCUCUGUUGUGCUUUUCACCGAGCUCUUCAAGCUGGCCUUAAGUUUGGCUUACACCAUUCAAAACAACCUGAUCUUCCUGUCGGUGGACUUCUUGAGUGCAGCUGUGCAGCAGGUCACAUACCAGCUCAAGAUGCUAAGUGUCAUCAGUGCCUCGGAUGCAGCACAAGGUCAGUUUGCAAGUCAACUCUGGGCUCCAGGCACCACUGGUGCUACGCGUGCCUUCAUGGGCUUCCUGGCAGCGCUGGGCGCAUGCUUUGCCAGUGGCUUUGGAGGGGUGUUCAUGGAGAUGGUCUUGAAGGGUUCUGCAACUUCGAUCUGGCUUCGGAAUGCUCAGUUGGCAAUUUUUGGGGCUUCAACAGCAGCUUGGGUGGUCUUCCAGGAGGGUCAUGAGGCGCCUUUGGUGCAUGGCUAUACCUUCUGGGUGUGGCUGAUGGCCUUUACUGUUGCUUCUGGCGGCAUGUUAGUUGCUGCAGUCUUGAAAUAUGCUGACAACAUCUUGAGGCAAUUCAGUACUGCGAUCUCUGUAAUUCUGACCACAGCACUUUCGGCUCUGGUCUUGGAAGACAUCACUUUGGAUAUGAUGUUUGCAGCUGGAACCGUCCUAACCAUCGGGGCCACCUUCAUGUACAGUGGCAUGCUUGAUGAUUUCUUGCCGAAGUGGAUGCAAUAG